UCGGUCACUUGCUUUCACUUCAAAGUACAGAGCGGGCCACGACGCCCAACAAACUGCGACGCGUCUAUUUACAUCCGAGGUUGUACUACUACGGACGCGGGAAUAAAAAAAUACGAAUUAUAAAAAAAAAUAUUAAUAAUCGACAACGAAAAGUGAUAUUGUGUUUAAAGUUAAUACAAAAUAAAUUAUAGAGUAAAAUUAAAAGAAAUUGUAUUUUUAUAAAAAUAUGAAAAUGGCUGACCGAUGCUUUAAAUUACUUUUGAUUCUUUGUCUGUCAAUUAUCUGGCAAAAUGGAGAAGCUGCGGAAAAUGAAAAGCCAAAGUUGCCCGACUAUCUUCCAUCCUGUCAACGAAGUGACCCCCAGCUAGACAUCUGCAUCAAGAACUCGUUCAACAGUCUGCGGCCGCACCUGGCCCGUGGUCUCACGGACCUCGGCGUGCCCCCAGUUGAGCCACUGCUCAUUGACCGUCUAGUCAUGGAGAACUCCGCGGGACCAGUGAGGGUCACUGCUGCCUUCAGUAACAUAACCGUUAUCGGACCCAGCAACUACACAGUAACUAAGAUCAGGUCUGAUUUAAAGAAGAUGCGUAUCGAUAUGGGUUUGGCGUUGCCGCGUAUCGAGGUGUCCGGCCACUACGAGGUGUCGGGUCAAGUUCUACUCUUUCCAGUACGAUCACAAGGAAACUUCUGGGCUGCAUUCAUUGAUGUUGCGGCGAUAGUUAAAAUCUAUGGAAAGGAGAUUGAACGCGACAGCGAAAAGUACAUGUCUAUCGAAAGAUUAUUAGUAGAUUUCAAACUGAAAAACUCUCGUUUUAAAGUAAGAGAUACUGUCAACCAUGGGAGCGUUAUUGGUGAGGCGAUGAAUCAAUUUCUCAACAACAACGCACCGGAAAUCAUAGAAGAAAUGAGACCUGCCGCCUCGCUGGCAAUCGCUAAACAUUUCCAGACGUUCCUCAAUGCUGCUUUCAACAAGAUCCCGAUAAAUCUUUGGCUUAAACCUUGAACAGUAUAUUAAAAUUACAUUUAAUCAGUGAUAUUGUUAGAAUAAGUAUUUUGGUGUUGAUCUAACACUGUGCAAAUAAUAAGAAACUUAACAGAUCGUGGUUUAACCACUUUUCAAGCUGUGAUCUUUUACUUAUUUCUUAUAUUUGCUUUAUUUCGUCUUCUAAGUUGUGUUUUAACUACAGAGUGCCGUUUUUUUAUUUAUUUUUAAUGCAUUUGUGUGCUUUUAUUAAACCGUCCGUGUUAAUAUUACUCAAUUUAAGAGACAUUUAAAAGCUUUUAUCAUCAGAUAAUGUGACAUGUAAGUUAGUUGUAAUUAUUUAUUUAAGUUCAAUGUGAAUUUCUCAAGAAGUACAUGAUUUAAUUUACCUAUU